AUGGCAGGGAACAACUUGGAGGCAGAUGAAGAGGCUCCGAAGCAGCUGCCUUUGAAUGAAGGGGAGGUGGCUGUUCUGGAGUCCUACCUUGAGCAAUGGGACUCGAUGUCGGGUCAAGAAAGAAAUGUGGUCUGGGGGGAUGCCACGAUGGAGGCUCGGCUGAAGGCACCUGGCAUGAAUGCCAAGCUGUUGAAGUCCCGAAAGACGGUCUACAGAAAAUGGCUGCAGAACCACAGAGGGAAGAAGAAGGACGCCAAACCUCCCAUCAAUCUUGGGAGGAAGUGGACAUACCAGGUGGUCGUGGGGUCUCUCAGGAAGAAGGAGCUGCUGAAGAAGAUUGAGGACGAGACCAGUGUGAAGCCUGGCGAACCCGAGAUGAUGAAUCAUUAUGCCAAGUAUCUGGCAGAAAUGGUGAAUUCUCUUACCGAGAAGGAGGUGGAGGAAGCGACCAAGAUGGCUGAGGAGUGGAACAAGCAAGGAGUUCCACCCGAGGUUCAGGCUGACACGGCGAAACAAAAGAGCGACGACAUUCUCUGGUAUGUGGCCAGCGAAAUGUUCAAGAAGGCCAGGAUGCGGCUGUUCAUGCUGUCGGCUUGGAAGAAUGAGGACGGAAAACUCCUGGUGUCAAGUCAUGACUACAACGACGAGUUCGGCAAUGGGGAAAGUUUCAGCAAGAUAGGCAACUGGCAGGUGAUAUUGCCGGAGUGGGAGUCAUAUGUGUCAAAACAGUUCGACAAGGAAGUGGAGGAUGACGCUGUGGUAAGGAAGGGAAGGAAGGACAACACAUAUGUCCUCGAAAUAGGAUGCGAUGGAUUGCCCAUCCUCCCAGACCAUGGCAAGAUGGAUUCAGACACGCGGAAGGCUGUCAUCCGAGCAUUCCUAAAUUGGCAUUAUCAGGACUGCAGCGGCAGGCCAAAGGACCCAGUACCUUGGAAAGAGGUGAUACCUAGGCAAGAAGAGCUCAUCCCUCCGAUGUACCUUCCAGAGGGACGAAAACUUCAGGAGCCAUCAAGAAUGAACUGGGAGGAGGCGACAGAACUGUUGGAUUUCUGGUACAACCCACAGGAGAACAUCCGGGACGUCACAUUCGAGUUCUACGGCUGGUGGACCAAGGCCGACAAGGAGGUAAAACCUCCUAUUGCCGAGGCAGAGGCAGAUGCACCGGUGGAUGGACAGGCCGAAGAGAAUCCAGGAGGAAAAGCAAAGACAAGGGUAUCGGCGAGGCGAAAGUCUGUUUUCCGGGCGAUCAUUCCUUCCGACAGCUCUGAUGACGAUGAGGACGGCCGGCCGACAAAGACAGCCAAACCAGCCAGGCAGCAGGCAGCAAAGACAACCCAUCAGCCAAAAACUUGGGUUGACCCUGCAGACUCGGGGGACAAGUUUCAUCAACCAGAUUUGCUGGAUGAGUCCUCAGAUGAAGAAAGGCCAGCUACCAGGAAGUGCAAAGAACCUGUGAAACAGAAGGCAAAGAGACCUAGGAAGGAGGUUGCGGAGACACGCGGUGAGGAUGAAGCUCCGGAGGUAGAGAGUUGCCCAGUUAUGAAGACCUGUGCUCGCAAGCAGGGCACUGCUCCCACCAACAGGCUUGUUGCCCCCACAGCUCCACAGAAACCAUCUCCCACAACAGAUGAGCCAUCUGCCUCCCGAGGAGUGCCGACUCCUUUGGACUGA